AUGCAUAAGUUAUUCUUGGUUGUUCUUCUAACUGGUUUUAUAUUAUCAAGUGAAGCUUUUCUAGGUGGAAUAAGACGCACAUGUCAUUGUAAAGCUGUUUCCGAUACGGUUCAUUUUCCAUUUCAUAAAUGGAAAAUCUCAAGUUGUGCUUUCUGUACGUGUAGUAAUCCGGCUAUGGCUAAUUGUGAACAAGCGUGUCAAGAUAUGGUUAAAAAUUAUGCUAAUACAGGUUGUGGAAAAACGGUUCGAGGUUCUAAAACUGUUUAUAAAUAUGAUGCAGGUGGUUGUGGAAAAGGUGUUGGAAAAGAAGUUUAUAGUUGUGCUUAA